UCCCGUUUCCUGCCUUUCGCCCGCCAUGUCUCUCAUCGCACACUCCAAUCAAGCCACUCCCGUUUCUGUGACCGCUAAUAUAUUCAAACUUCAAUGGCCCGAAAAGUCCACAGUCUACCAAUAUGAUGUAAUCAUGCCGAAAUGGGAAAGCCGGACAGGGCGAGAGUUUAAACUCGGACCUGCGAAGGCCAAUGAGAUUAUCGUGCGUCUGCAGACCUCAGUCGCCCCGAAAAUAUUCACAAAGCUUGGAGUUUUCGAUGGCAAAAAGAAUCUCUUUUCUUGGAGGAAGUACGACAUACCAGGAUCUGGCAUGAAGGCGGAUGUCGUAUGGGAUGUCGAUUCCCCGAAACCUCGUUAUGUUUCGGUCAUUGUAACAUUGGCCGGGAAGGUAAAUAUUGGAAUCUUGAGACAACUUACCCGAGGCAAUACGCAAGCAAUGGUUGCCACUGCGCCUGCGUUGAAUAUGCUUAAUAUGUCUGUUCAGGCGUAUCCGAGAGGGAGUGUCAGACUGGUGAAAGACCAUAUCGUGCUUAACGUCGAUGUCACUGUUGCCGCUGUUGUUCCUGAACGUCGUUUGGAAGACUUAUCAGCUGAAUUUCUUAGUUUGCGCGAUGCCCGCCAAUUGGAAAAUUUAGAGGAAAGUCAAUUUUCAAGACUGCGCCAUUUCCUUCGUGGCAUGAAGGUGAUAUUAUCUCACCGCCCGACUGCCAGGCCAAAACGAAUCAAGGGUCUGGUAAGGGAAGCCGGUGCUAUCACUUUCGACAAAGAUGGUCGGCGGAUCACGGUCGUUGAGCACUUUAGAUCUGCGUAUAACAUCCAUAUACGACCGGGAUCCUUAGGCGUUCAAUUUGGGCAACAAACUGUCGUACCGAUCGCCUGUUGCAUGGCUACGCAGCAACUAUAUGAUAAUCGUCUUUCUCCAGAGGCCAUUCGAGAAGUACUGAAAGUAGUUCCCUCGGACCCUGAUGCCCGACUUCGAAUGAUACGGCAAGGCUGGAAAUAUUUAGGCCACACGCAGUCCGAAUUUUUGACAGGCGCAGGUAUUAACAUUAAUCCCGAGCCUCUCCGAAUUGCUGGGAAGGCUCUUCCUAGGCCAACGCUAGCAUACGGGAAGGGACAGAAUGGCACGAGGGUGGUCCAUGCUAACCACGGUGGUACAUGGGACAUAAUGAAGAAGCCACUCCAUACGCCGGCUCGAUUGACCUCUUGGGCUGUUAUCAACCUCACUGGCAGUGAUCGGAGUAUAAUACAGCAGUUCUCUAUGGACUUGGCCGAGGCUAUGAGGGUUAUAGCCGUUUCAACGCCGCAAGUAAAUCAUGAUGCUAACGCACAAGAGAGUAUUUCAUCGACUCUAUACCGCAUCGGAUUUCCCAUCAGGGCAGAGCUCCUUGUCUGUGUUCUACCAGAAAAUGCCGCGGAUCUGUACGUCGCAGUCAAGCGCGCAGGCGACGUCAUUCAUGGGAUUCCUACCCAGUGUGUGCGCUGGACACGGAAAUUCCGCCAGGGGUACAAUGCAAGACAAUCCAACCAGUAUCACAAUAACCUGAUUCUCAAAAUCAAUACAAAACUGGCAGGCCGGGGUUUCGUCCCUCAAGAUCCUGCGAUGACAUUCUUCGCUAGCGUCCCUACCAUGAUCAUUGGUGCGGAUGUCAGUCAUGCGGCGCCCGGCAGCAUGGCUCCAUCGGUUGCAUCUGUGGUGGCAUCGACGGACCUGUAUGGCGCUCAGUACACUGCGAGGAUGGCAAUCCAAAGGCCGAGGCAGGAAAUCAUAGAGAACUUGGAGUCCAUGGUCACUUCCUGUCUCGAGGUGUUCUAUAAGAAGAAUCAAGGCCAGCUACCUCAACGUCUCAUAUUCUAUCGAGAUGGUGUCUCCGAGGGGGAAUUUGAGAUUGUCCGCAGGGAAGAAAUGCAAAAGUCUCUCGAUGCUGCCGUUCGAAAUUUCUAUCAAGGUAAAGGUGUAAAUCAACGACCCAAACUUACCUUCCUGGUUGUGACAAAGAGGCAUCAUUUCCGCUUCUUUCCCAACCCUGGUCAAGGUGACAGGUCCGCCAACUGCCACGCAGGAUUUUUUGUUGACAAUGAGUUGAAGCAUCCUGUCUAUGACGACUUUUAUCUUCAGUCACAGGCAGGGCUCAAAGGAACAAGUAUUCCCGGUCAUUAUACUAUCCUGCAUGAUGAUAUCUAUAGGGAUUUACCAUUCCAGGACCGGAGUCAGGCUGUGACGGCAAUUGCGCAACUGACCUAUGCGCUCUGCCAUGUAUAUGCCCGGUCUACACGAUCAGUCAAAAUUCCUGCGCCCCUCGUAUGCCGCCGUGCAAAGUUUCAUUUUGAUAUCCCUAUGUUUGAUGCAGAAUCCACUCAGUCUGGGCAGGAACACGACCUUGAGUAUUAUCGUCAGCAUUUUACUCCUAUCAAUGCCAACAUGGCAAACCAGAUGUAUUUCGUUUGAGUUAUCUUUUUAUUUUCUUGUACUCUUGCAUUUUCCUAUGUUGUAUGUAGCUUGAAGAAAUGUAAUCUGUAUCGUGUUGAUACCGUUCAAUUUUGGUUCC